GAGAAACUGAUGACGUUUCUAAUUGCUACUAGUAAGAGCAAUGAGUUUUAAAAUUCACGAGGAACCUCCGAGCGGAAUGCAUUUUUUGUGCUACCAAACGCGGUCGUGUUUGUUCUUGCCUCGGAAUUUGAUUCGAUUGGGAUACUAGUGAAAAUUGAUAGCUUCCCUGGAAUGGAAGCAUCUGGCUCGAAUGUGCCACAAUACGACGAUGAGGAGAAAGCACUGAAGGGUUUGCUCGACGCAUUUAGUUCUACAUGUUCUCUUGAUGAAAUAGCUUCUGCUUAUUGCAAGGCUGGCCGAAAUGCAGAUUUGGCUGCUGAGAUUCUGUAUGACAUGCAGGGAAGUGGCUCUACAUCUACUACCAAUGCAUCUAAUUUUGAAGUAAAGGGGGAAGAAUCUUCAGAGUCAUCCUGUGGUAACUUUUCUGAGAACUUGGGUCAAGAAAAUGGAAAUCCUAGAGCUCCAAAGCAAAAAAGUCGUCCAGUUUCUGGAGGUACUGUUUCAAGCAUUCUUGGUAAGGACUAUAUCAGGUCCACAUCAUCAUCAAAAGGGUCUUAUAGGAUGAGCAAACCAUCCAAACCGGACUCACCGGUGAUGCUGAUGUCUGAACUUCCUGAAGUUGAAGCUAAGUCAGGUUCUCCAGUAGAUGAUCCAAUGCAUUGGGACAUGGAAGAUUUUCUUUUCAAAAUGCUUGGGGAUGGGUUCAAGGUGGAUAGGAAUGUGAUCCGAGAAGUUAUUGAUUAUUGUGGACCUGAUAUGCCAAAGUGCAUGGAGAAAUUACUUGAACUAUCAGCAGCAAAUUUAGGCACAAGGAACAAUUUUGUCAGUGAAUCUACUGAAAAGAUCAUCUUACAGUUUGCAGACAAGGGUCAAAAAGCUGAAGUACCUUCACAUCAAGGAAAGCUGCAAUAUGUAAAUCAUCCUAGAAGCAAUGGAAAUGGAGCUUCAUCUAUAAAUGAAGUAGAACCACCUGGAAAAGUUGAAGAGAGAAAUGGUCUCCAGAAGGAAGUUUUGGUUGCUUUAUUUAAUGCUCCUGAGAGACAUGAUGAGUUUCCUAGAAGAACAAUAAAGGCUGUGAAGAGAUAUGCAGCACUUGAGCAAGUGGUGGAUGGACCUAUAAUAGAUGACCUAGAACACAAGAAGACUCUGACAUACUUGCAGAAAGAUAAUGAUGAUAUAGAUGAUGAGGAUAGCUACCAAGUUCUUCGUAAAGCUGUGAAGGAGUAUCGGGGCACCAUGAAGGAAUACUAUAAAGCUGCACUUGAUGCAUUUUCUGAGGGUGAUCGUGUUAAAGCAGGAAAACUUCUAGAUCAGGGACAUUUUUUUCAUGAGAAGGCUUGUGAAGCAGAUGAAGAAUCCAAUAGAAAAAUUUUUGAAUCUAGAAAUGAUGAGGCACAAGAUGAAAUGACGCUUGACUUGCAUGACCGUGGUGCCAAGGAUGCAGUACGCCUUCUGAAAUGCCAUCUUUCAUCAUUUUCAGGCAUCCCAUCAUUCAAGUCCCUUAAGGUCAUUUUAGAGACAAAGGAUGAAGAUGCCACAAAAGGAUCUCGUAGACGACUGGUUAUGAAAAUAUUGGAGAAGGAAUCCAUUGCUUGGACUGAAGAAGAAGAAAAUGCUGGAACAAUAUUAAUCCACUUGAACAGUAUCAACCGAAAACGUUUGAGUUUUGUCAAAAAAUAAUGCCCCAAAAAAAUCAUCUAUUCAUAUCAAGGUAAAAUUAUCGAUUCUUGAAAGGAUGAGCACUGUAAGCAAUUGAGGCUAUACGGUGGUAGAGGAAAAAAAUUGUUCAACAGUUUGGAGGCCUCGCGUGUUUAUUGCUGGCCAGUUCUUCGUUAGUCAUAAUUUUUAUGAAGACUUUUCUUGUUUUAGCCUUUCUGUUGUAUGUAAGCAAUGCUGCAAUGUGACGACUGUUUUAACGUGACAUUUAGUAUUUUUCAUCAAGUUUUGGCAUGUAAUUUCGUU